GUGGUGGCAAGUUCCUCUCCGCCGCUAUAUAUAUUCGUUGCAGGUGCUACACCGCUUACGAUUGACCGAAGGAAGAGCGAGAAGGUGGGAGUUGACUGACAAAUUGAUGGCGCUCGACAAGGCGAAGGAGAUUGUUGCUGCAAACCCCGUCGUCGUCUUCAGCAAGACACACUGUCCAUUCUGUGUAAAGGUGAAACAAUUGCUUGAUCAGUUGGGUGCCAAGUACAAGGCAGUCGAGUUGGAUGUUGAGAGUGAUGGACCUGAAAUACAAGCAGCGCUGGCAGCAUGGACUGGACAGAGGACUGUGCCCAAUGUGUUUAUUGGUGGGAAACAUAUCGGUGGCUGUGACACUUGCGUAGCGAAGCACAAGGAAGGCAAGCUGGUUCCGUUGCUGGUUGAAGCUGGUGUAGUUUCUGCUCCUGCGUAGCCCGUUAAAUUGUGAUGGCAAUAAAUAAAUUGUGUUUCCAGAUAAAUGGUUAAACCCCUCGAUAUGUUUUCGAUGCAUGUGGUAACUGCUUUAGUGUCUGAAACUAUAUAAUGUUGGAUACAAUGGCUCUAUGCAAUGUUCUAAUGCUCCAUCGUUCGACCGAUGAGGUCCUAAUAUCCUUUUUACUUA